AUGCAGGUAAGUGUGUUAAAAGCUGUGGCUGACUGCGUUCAUUUCUGUCGCUUCUACGACCAAGGUACUGACAUGAAAGCACAUUUUAUUGUAAUGGAAAUGAUAGGGCCGAGCCUGGACCAGCUGCGCGCUCAGCUCCCGGGCAAAUCUUUUACCCGAAGUACCGCACUCCGUGUUGGCAUGCAGGUUUGCUUCUAUUUGCUUGUAAGUGUGUUAAAAGCUGUGGCUGACUGCGUUCAUUUUUGUCGCUUCUACGACCAAGGUUCUGACAUGAAAGCACAUUUUAUUGUAAUGGAAAUGAUAGGACCGAGCCUGGACCAGCUGCGCGCUCAGCUCCCGGGUAAAUCUUUUACCCGAAGUACCGCACUCCGUGUUGGCAUGCAGUGUUUACAUGCAAUUGAAGAACUACAUGAAGCAGGUUUUAUUUCUCGAGACGUUAAACCAGGCAACUUUGCAAUUGGCUUGCCCGGACAACAACAGCGGCUUAUACGAAUGAUUGACUUCGGAACUGCUAAAAGGUCUUGUCUGCGGAUAAUAUACAAAUCAGAGAAAUUUUACAGGCAGAGCAAAGAAGAUUCUACGCCUGCGGCAAAUCGAGUACCAUGGCUUGGCACUGCUCGCUACUGCUCCAUUGCUAAUCAUUUAGGAAAGGAGCAGUGUCGCAAAGAUGAUGUGGAAUCAUGGUUUUACGUGUGCGUUGAGAUGCUUGCCACAACGCUACCUUGGUCGCAACUGCAACGAUCCGAACGGCAGGCUAUCGCUGAAAUUAAAGUAAAAGUACGCAGCAACCACCGCAGAAAGUUUUUGCACCAGUGUCCGAAGAUAUUUGAUUCAAUUCUGGAAGCGAUUGACGACUGGAAUGAUCUCGAUAAACCGGAUUACGAUGGAGUAAGUUAG